UACAACGCAAAACAUGAAGUUAGUUCUGCUUACACUUUUGGUGGCGAGCGUCACAGUCUUCGCGGUAAAUGGACAAUAUGGUCAAGUCUGGGGUGGACAAUAUCCGGGUCAUGCUCAGCAAAGUUUUGGCCAGCAACCAGUCUAUGGCCACCAAUAUCCGGGUCAUGUUCAACAAAGUUUUGGCCAGCAACCAGUCUAUGGCCACCAAUAUCCGGGUCAUGUUCAGCAAAGUAUUGGCCAGCGACCAAUCCAUGGCCAGCAAUAUCCGGGUCAUGUUCAGCAAAGUAUUGGCUAUGGCCGGAAACAUGGCAAUGGACUCAAUACUAAAGGAUGAAAACGAUGUGAACGAAACAGUUUUUAAACGUGCAUGAGCUUAGCAAUGAAACAACAAAAAAACACAUCGAGUA